AUGAAGAAUUUUAAAGCUACAGUGAAGGAGGAGGCUGCUUUAAUUAUGAGCAGAAUAAAAAAGAAUUCUAUUAGUCUGGCACUUACCCAGACAAAUGAAGGAAUGGUUAUUUCUGAAGAGAUGAGUAUUCCGUAUGUACUUAAACUACUAGACGACUUAAAAAAUAAAAAAUGGACCGCAGGGAAAUAG